AUGGUUAGAGAGACUCGGCACCUGUGGGUUGGAAACUUACCCGAUAACAUUCGCGAAGAUCGAAUAAGAGAACACUUUAAACGCUAUGGCCGAGUCCAGAAUGUCAAGUUAUUGGGUCGAAUGGAGGGCGCGAGCACGGGUGCCAGUGGGGGUUCUAAUAGCGGUGUGUGUGCCACUGUUGCCUUUAUGGACAUCAAGUCCGCGUCGAAGGCGCAUAACAUCGAGCACGUGCUGGACGAACGAACUCUCACCACGGAGUAUUACGAACCGGCCGCGAUACCGACGGCUGCGGGGGCUCCAUCCGCCGGCUCCUCACCUGCCGGCUCUGGUUACUCAGGUUCAUCAUCCUCCGUGAAUUCCACGACGCCGGCCUCCACCACGCGAUACCAUCUCUCAGCUGAGGAAACCGCAAACAGUACAUGCGCAAUGGCGGCCACGGCAGCGGCCCCAGCUGCAUGGCGGGGGACGAACGAUAGUGCAACCUCGGAGUUCUGUCGCCGAGGCAACACGCCCGCCACGUACGGCAGGUACCACCAGCGAAACAAUGCACCUUAUGCAACGCCACCUUCCAAUACCGAAAGAACGACACCUCUACAUCGGUGGUACGUGGCAGGCGCAGGGACAGGUGGUGAGAGUACGCCGAGUACUCCAGGUGGAGUAACGGACCGUAGGCGACGGCCCUCUGCUUCCGGCUCAUCACGCUCAGAAUCAACCUCGCCCGAGCCAAGCGACACGUCGAGAGCGUCUACUCCUGCUGCGCCGCCCACGGCCCAUCAUGCGUUGCCACAUCACGCCAACCAUCGCACCCCUUCCACACAUCCCCAUCAGUGGGCAUCAACAGCAAAUGGAAGACCUCUUGCAAUAUGCGUUAGAAAUCUCCCCACCAGGUCAACUGACAGCUCCCUGAAAGACGGCCUCUAUCACGAAUAUAAGAAGCACGGCAAAGUUGUGUGGGUGAAGGUGGUUGGCCAGAAUGCAGAUCGAUACGCGGUGGUCCGUUUCAAAAAACCGUCCGAUGUAGAAAAAGCACUGGAAGUAUCGCAAGAUAAACUUUUUUUUGGUUGCAAGAUCUCUGUGGCUCCUCACCAGAGUUGCGAUGAUGACGCUGAGUCAGCGAAACCCUAUGAGACUGAUAUUGAUGAAUACCACCCUAAGGCCACUAGAACGUUAUUUAUCGGUAACUUGGAGAAGGAUGUGACGCAGCAGCAGUUAAGAGACAAAUUUAAGCACUUCGGACGGAUAAUAGAGAUCGAUAUAAAGAAAGGUAGUGGUGGCGGGGCGGGCUACGCGUUUUGUCAAUAUGCAUCCAUCUCGAGUGUGGUAGAAGCUAUCCGGGCAAUGGACGGCGAAUAUGUGGGCAGCUCAAGGGUUAAGUUAGGUUUUGGGAAACCUGUUGCUACCACUUGCGUCUGGGUCGACGGGCUCACAGAACAUACAGAGAAGCAGGUUCUUGCUGCGGUGUCUCGGUGUGGUGCGGCGACGUCAGUGUGUGUGGAUCGUGCUGCAGGCGCGGCCCUUGUUCAUUUUGAGCAAGCAGCUGCAGCGGGUGCCGCCGUGCGGGAGCUACGUCGCCUCGCUGCACACCUAUCCGCCGCUGAACCCGACCAACCGAGGCUCUGUGUUGACUAUGCUUCGAGAGAGUGUCAGGAUGCGUUUUAUGAACAAUUGGAAAAACAUGGUGGAUCCUCAACGUUGACCAGUUCGGAGAGAUUAAGUACUGACCUCUCUGGUCGUUAUUUACCUUCUGCCAGACAUGAACAGAUAAGGUAUGAAACGGGUACAUCACGAUCUCGGGCUCCAAGCUUUGGUCGCAGCUCGUCUAGAACACCCAGAUAUAAUCACGACCAUUAUGAUCCGUCAGACUACGCUGCUGAUCGACGGUACAGGGUACACGAAGAAUUAGGAUCAAGUCCACCAACGGAUGAGGCGCCGUACGAAGAUCGCUUGCAGUCUGUUGUCGUUUCACCGCACCGGACUCAUAAACAUCGGCAUGACUCUAGUCCCGAAGAUAGGAAACAUUCAAAGGAACGACAUCGGAGUGCAGGAGGUAGUUCAAGAAGGUCUCGUUCAGGAUCUCGAGGGGAAAGACACAGUUCUCAUAGAAGACAUCGAAAAAGAAGAGACGGAUCCGGAUCACGUGGAUCUCGUGCGUCCCGGGCUGGAACUCCACUGCGGGAUGAACCAGAUGCUCUACCAACAGAACCGAGACGGCCACCUCGAGAACGACCUCCACUCCCUAUGUUAUUACCAUUGCCGAAAUUUGCUCUUCAGUUGUUACGAAAUGCCCCAACAACGCCUCGAGUUCCAGCACCUGCACCAGCACCGGCAUCACCCCCGCGACCGCCUUCAGCAUCGUCAUCUAGUAGUGGUUCUGCUCCUCAUUCCCCUUCAUUGGAAGAGCGAAUUCGAUCUCUCGAUGAAAAAUAUGAGCGAUGGUCUGGCUCCAGAGUUCAUGCCGAUGCACCCGAUCGAACUCGUCUUAGGCACAGGCUGUUGGAGCUCGAUAUCAACGAAGUUAAACCCUCAGAAGUUGUUCGGUCACUGCUAGCAAAGCGAUCUGUAUUCGAUGAAGAUUCUGAACGACUAGAAGGAGCUGUGAGACCACCUAGUCCUUGCAGUAGUCCACGUUCAAUUUUACAACCUAUACUACCGCGGGCGUUACGCUAUCCCUUUCCUACACAUCCACCCCCGCCGUCGGAUAGCUCUGUGGUUUCGACAGAUACAUCAGCCCCGUCCAUUGACAGCGACCGUUCCGACCCUCGCCUAAAUCGUUUGUCACAAUCUGAUAGCCUCCCAAAAUUUGAAAAUGACAAUUCAUCGGAUAAUAGAUUGCGACUACGAACUCCUUCUAUAGACAAACCAUUUGUAGAAAUAACUGAACGUAGAGAUUUUGAACUAGAUGGACGGUCUGAAAAACGAAGAAACUCCAUUAUAAUGCACAGCGAUGAAACUAAGUCAAUGGAAUGUGAUAUGGCCAAUGAAAAGCUUGACUUCGAGUUCAAACCUCAUAGUAGUUUUUUUCGAGAGCUACAAGAAAAUCAAAAAUUACAAUCAAACAAGCCAUGUAACGAAGCGUUAACAAAUGUGCCAGAAAUUGUCAUAAAAACUGAAAAGGUCGCACCGAUGUCUGAAUUUAAUGAUAAUCUUGUAUUCGAAGCAAAGGAAAAAGAACAGUUCAGGGGUGAAAUUCCUUUUUGGGGAUCAAGGCGACAUAGCAUUAAAGAUGUAUCGAAUUCUGACAAAGUUGUAGACAAACUUUUGAAUAAAUCAGACAGCAAUGUAAAAGUAGAAAAAAAAAUGGUAGAAACCGUAGCUAACAACAAUGAAAAUAAAAUAGAUGCAAUAGAAAUGGAAAUAAAAAAGGAAACUGAAAUCUACCAAGAAUUAAAUUUAGAAACCAAAAUAAUUGAAGAUAUGGCAAAGACUGAGAGCCGGUUUUUUAACCAUAAAGGCACAGUGAACUUUACAGAUAAUCAUAACCGAAAUUUCAAUCAAGUUAAUGAAUAUAAUAUAGAUACUAAAAAUAGUGAAAACGAAAACAAACUAUUGAAUUCACAUGUUCAAAGUGAAACACACCACCGCCAAGAGUUAAAUGAAAAAGAACUGAAUGAUCCUUUUUCUAAUGAAGAAAAAUCGUUAGAAAAAGGAGAAACUGCAAAUUGUCUCCCAAGUACCUGCGAUAAGAAGGUAGAACAUGUAAAAGAUAUUGACGGGUCCUUAAGAAGCGAUCGAGAUAAAAUUAAACACAACAAAGAACGUAUUGAAAGAGAAAGAAGUGAUCCUAACAAAGACAAGUCAAAAAGUAUCAAACAUUCAAGAGAAAAACAUGAAAAAGAUAGACGCCUAAAAGAUGAAACGCCAAGUAAAUCGUGUUCAGAAAAAAGUGAUAAAUUAAAAAUAGAACGAGAUACUGAUAAAAAUUCAGACAAUUGUUUAGUCCGAGACACAGAUAAAACGAAACACUUUGAUGAUAAACACGUUAGGUCUGAGUACAAUAAUCACAAAAAAGAGAAAGUAGAAAAAGAAAGGCGAAGAGAAUUAAUUGAAAUUGACCCAUUUUCUUGUAAAGCGAAAAAGGAAGACAAACAAAAGCAUGAUCGUCAACGGAAAGAUAAUUGUGACAGUAAACGUGAGAUUAAAAAAGAAUUUGACGUGAAUAAAAGUCGAAAGUCUUCUAGAGAUGAAUCGUCCAAAGAAAUAACAAGAAAGGAUUCUACAGACUCCACAACAUCACGAACGUCCCACGAAUCAACAAAGGUCAAAGAUGUUGUAGAACCUACCGAUAAUAAAGAGGACGUUAAAGCAAAAGUUAAACAAGAAAACGAUUUAAUUAACAAAAAUGAUGUUAAAGAAUCAUAUAAAGUGCCAUUUGAAACAAAUGAUCAUAUCGAUAAAUUAAAAGUAAAAUCUGAAAUAAAGGAUGAAAAACAUCCAAGUGAUAUAACUCAUAAAAACAAAAUACAUAGUUCUACUGAUCCUUCGCAAAAAUGUAAACAAGACGGCAGCGAAAAACAAAGACAUUUUUCAUUGGACUCUUCAAAUGUAGAUAACAAGCGCAAAGAACGUCUAAGUUCAUGUUCAAGUUUACCUUCAAAUAUCGGUGGGCACAAAAGAAGAAUGUCGUCCCAAGAUGUUCUCGAUAAUUUAGAAGAAGAUGUAAAGAAAAGUAAAAACGAUAUUAAAUGUGCAGACAGGCGUGACUUUAAGGAUUCAAAAUCUAGUGAUAGACAUAAAACCACCAAAUUUAAUAAGUGUCACUUCGCAAAACUAUUUGAGAGUAAAACAAAGGAUGAUAAAAAGAAUCUAGUAAAACCACCAGAUGAUAUGUUUACACCAGUAAAGGAACCCGAAUUUCCCGACAAACUAAAAAGUAAAAUAGAAGAGAAACCUAGAAAAGAGGACAAGGCUUGUAACAUUACUGAAACGAGGCCCGAUAUGCAUAACAACUUAGACUUUUUGGCAAUUUUCGAGCUACGAUCUAGUGAAGAAGAUGAAAAGCAAAGGGCGCUUACUAAUGAAAUGAAAGAAAAGAAGAGGAUCCAACAGUUACAGCAAAUUCAAGAACUUCAAAUGCAACAAGGUGCAUUGCAAAAUACUGAUCAAAUCAAUAAAAUAAAAGAUGAUAAGAAACAUAGGCAAGAUGACAAGAAAAAGGAAUCUGUUCGUGAAAAACGUAUGUCAACAGAACGUAAAAGUAAAGAUGCCGACCAAAAACGGAAGAAUAGGAAGCAAACGCAAAGUACAGAUAGUUCUGAUUCGGAUGAACCUAAAAAACACUCCAUAUUUGAUAUUGUCGACGAUGGGCCCACCUAUAUUUCGAUGUACGAUAAAGUAAAGGCACGCUCUUGUAAAAACAUGCAGAAGCAAGAAGAAGAAAAACGUCAGGAAAAGAUCAAGGCCAAAUUCAGUCAACUGAAACAAAGUAGAGCUAAACGUGAGGAGAAGAAACGGUCAAGUUGGGACGAGGAUAGUGACUCUGAACACGAUAGACAAAAACUUAGUAAAUCGUCAGUCGAUAGUUCGUCUGACGAGGAUCACAGACUACUUGGUCAAAGUAAAAGACAUGAUUUGCAACGAUCAUCUUUAACCUAUGAACGACAUAGCAUUGAUGAUUAUUACAGCUUAGCAAACAAUGAUGAUGAUUUACGAAAUAAAUUAUCGCGAAAAAAUUCUCGCUCUAGAAUUAUGUCUGAUUCAUCAGAAGAUGACACAAGAAAAAGAACGAAUAGUCCCACUAGAAGCAGAGAUUUUAAAAGAGGAUAUUUGUCUGACAAUGGAUCAUUACGUGAAUGUAACGAUAUCAAUAACUUCGUAAAAGAAUCUAUUGUUGAAGAUAAAGUCAAGAAAACUUCUCUUCUUAAUUUAUUCGGUAAGAGUGAUAGUGAUGACAACAAAGUAAAAUCCAAUACAGAAAAUGAUAGUGAUUAUAAAAUGUCGUUUAUUAAAUCUAUCUGUAAUGAUAUUUCAUCAGAAAAUGAAUCUUUACCGCCCCGUAUGUCUUCUGACUUACGAAAGAAGCAUAAAAAGAAACAAAAGAAACACAAAACAACCUUUUCUGAUGAGGAUACUAAAACCGAUAACUGUGACGAUCGAGACAACAAACAUAAAAAUACAGAUCGUAAGCAUAACAGAAAGGAAAAGCGAAAAGAUAAUAAAUCGCGCGACAGCGUAGAUAUUGAUGACAUAAAAGACGAAAAAAGUAAAAGGGAUAAAAGGCCGUCGACUGAAAUUAUGCCCGAAUCCUACCCCGGCAAUACUAAGAGGGAAGGUAAGAUGGAAGAUAUUUUUGGUCCGUUAUCUGAUGAGUCGGAUCACGACGCUUUAAGUAAAAUAGAACAACAGUCAUCGGUUGAAAUACAACAAUAUGAUUCUUUUAAGUUAAACCACGAAUCUUUAGACGAUUCGAAAUGCAAAAAUAGAGAAGAUAAUAAAAAAAGAAAAGACAGAAAACGAAAAGAAAAGAAACCACUUUCUAAGGAAGAUGAAAACAGUUUAGAUGUAGAUGCAGUAAGUAAAGCAAUCGAAGCUCGUUUAUUUGCAGAUUCUAUUAGCAAUGACGAUAUUGGUGUAAAAGCGAUCGAAUCAUCAGGUCUUUCUAAAAGCAAACCUAAAUUGGAUGACCUUAGUGUAAAGUUCGAUGGACUGAACAGUGAAAAAUAUAUUGAUCGAGCAAAGAAAGAUUUUAAAGAUAGAAAAAAGAAGAAAAAGAAAAAUAGAGAAGAUCGUCAAAGUCGCAGAGAACAUUAUUAUAACAAUGAUAAGCACUGUAGAGAUACAAGUCUUUUCGAAAGAAAUAUUGACAUGUCACCAAAGACGAUUUUAAAUAUACCACUUCCAAACGAAAAAGUUGAAACAGAUAGAUCUGAUGAAAAAUCGCUUUCGGAAUCUCCUAGCCUACCAAGACUAACGGAUAGUCCUCCUUUUGCCAUUAAAUCGCAAGAAAUUGAUUGUAAAAAUAAUGAUACAGAUAGUACCAUUCAGUUAUCACUCGAUGAAAGAGAUACAGUAAAGAGUUUUGAGGAAACAAAGAGCGUUGAAAUUAAUGAUAUACCGAUGCCUCCACCAAUAGAAAAUAAUCAUGUUCAAGAUAUAAGCGAAGUGCCGCUACCCGAAGGACCUCCGAAAUCAGAACAAACAAGUGUAAAUAACGAUACAAACAUGAAUAUAUUUUUACAAAUUUCGACAGAUAUCCAAUCAAAUGGUAGUGAAGAUGCGGUUAGAAGUAUAACAUGUAUUGAUAAUGAGUCUGAAAAACAGAAAGAACGAGAAAGUUCGCCAACGGAUGGCCAUGCAACAAAGAAGCUUGAAGAAAAACCACGAGCAAUUAUAUCUCAAGAAGAAACUGCAGAUGCCGUUGCAGCUUUGCUAGGGGAAAGUUUUGGUGGAAAAGAUAAUACAUUUGCCAAUUGUUUCGAGGAAGUAGUAACAGAUGAAAGCAACCAAAUUGAAAUAGAAACUACAUCUACCGGGACUGAAAAUAUUCCCGAAGAAGACGCAGAAGAAAUGCGACAAGCAGUGCAAAAUUUGAACGCUAGUGAAAUGGAAAUAAAACCUGACACACCUGUGUCCGAGAGUGACUUUCUUCUUAUUGAUACUGAUACAGAAGAGACUGAAGAAACGUCGCAAGAUGCUAUUGAAAAAUUACCACUUAAUGUAAUUGCAACCACUCAAGUACAAAAUAACAAUGUUAAAACAGAAAUAAUACCUGAAACCUCGAAUGUUAUUGUUGCUAAACCUAAAACAACUAUAGUACAGUCAGAUAUAAAAACUCAGGUUCCAAACACAGCAAAUAUAAAGAUAUCUGAAGGUAACAAUACAUAUUCAAGCAUUAAGCAGGAACCUACAUUACUAGCUACUUCUACACCGACACCCGUCAUUACAUCAUGGACUUUGAGUAACAAUAAGAUUGAGGCACAUACAGUAAAUACAACAGUUGGAAAAGACGACGGUAAAUCAGCUCGAAUUACCGCUAAUAUAUUACAGAUCAGGCCAUCGCAUAUUGCAAAUACUUUAAUUUCAAAUUCUACAAGAUUGAGUUCUCCGUAUCAAGUGAUUAAUCGUAUGAAUGUUAACCCAAGAAGUCAAAGUCAAUUGACCAAUAUGCAACCACCAAUGAUUAAAAUACCCGAAAAUCAUGUUCUGUAUCAGAAACCACAAGGAAUUGUAAUAUCUCCUCGUUUGAAUGCUGAAACAAGAUUACAGAGCCCAAAAAGUACACAAAGUGAAGGCAUAACCACGUCGCGUCUUACGAAUAUGACCAUAUUAACCACAUCACCACAAAAUUUAAAUUCUGUAGGAAUGUCGCCUCAAAAUGCAAUGCAGCAAAGGUCCCCAGGACAAGUCACCGUUGUUCGUAUGCAACAGCCUCCUUUGAGUCCUAUUCAUAUUCCGCAUGGAGCUAGGACUAUGAUUUCACCUAAUAGACCAAACUCAGUGUUGGUACAGACUCAAGGGCCACCCAUUCAUUUCAACAGGCUGCCCGUAACACCCGUUUUAGCUCCAAUUUCAAAACCAUUGGGUCCUAAUAUACCACAACAACAUAAAAACACCUGUGUAAAUUCUUCUGUAAUGCAACAAAAGCUUAUUCCUGGGGAAAUUGGAAAUAAUGAAAAUGUAACUGAAAGCACUAAAAUAAUUUUGUCUCCAACACGCUUACAAGCAAAUUCGAGUAAUUCCGUAAUGGCUAAUCGUAUACUACCUAUGCAUGUUGCAACUAUGAAUUCGUUGCAUUUACCAAAAAAAGUUCUACUUAACAACAAACAAGCUAUAGAUAAGAGGGACAUUAUUCAAAAAACAGAACAUGGAGGUCUUCCAUAUCACUCUUCUUCAAUUAUACACGUUGCCAAUGUUAAUCAGCCAUCCACUAUUAUUCAAAGUGGCUCGAAAUCUGUUAUGUGUAGCGUUCAGGAAGGUAGUCUAAGCCGAGGACAAGGGCAAAAUGUAAUUCAUUCAAUUAAUCAACAAAGAAUAAUAACUGGAUCUUCCAAGAAUAAUCUUAUUCAAAUUGAUAACAACAAAGGACAACCUACAGUUUUGUCAGUAGCAACAAUUCGUCCACCAGCAGUUAUUACUAAAUCUGAUGCGUCAAAUGCCGCAGUUUUUACAACAUCAACUCUAACUAAUGUCGUUAUGACGCCAUUGUUGCUAAAAUCUACGUGUAAUACGAACCUACCCAUUCGUCUAAACCCUCGUAAUGAUCAUGUUGAACUAAAUGCUGCACAGACGGUCAAUCGAGCCGAAAGCAAUAGCGAUGAGAAAUAUAAUGAGAAGAGUAUUGACGGGACAAACGGGGUUACCAAAAUGACACCUCUAAUUUCAAAAUCACCAGAAAAUGUAGCUAAAUGUGAAACUGACUUUGAAGAACUAUUAAAAGAUAAUACAAAUGAGAUUAAGGUUACUAAUAACCCUGAGAAAAAACUAGAAGUGAAUGUGGGUAAGACAGUGACUGUUAUUUCGCAAUGUAACGACAGAGUGGAUGACCUUGAUGAGAAAUGUGAAGUGGUGCAGGUAUCUGAAAAUCUGCCAACGGAAAGAUUACAGGAGGACAUAACCAAUAUAAAAAGUGACGAAGAUAUUAAAGAUAAAAAAAUAUUAGAAAGUUUUGAAGAUUGUCUUUCUUCUGAAAAAGAAUCUAAUAACAUCUCUGAUAUACUAAAUAAUCAAGACAAAAUACUCGACUUGGAAGAUAAAUUUAAGGAUAAAGAACGCGAUAAAACAGAAGUUAUAAUGAAUUCAUGCAAAGUUUUUAAUUCAAACAAUAGUUUUAAAGAUCUUUCUGCGUUUCGUGUGUCGCCAAGUAAUAAAGAAAAUAAUGAAAACGAUAUUCAUACACCAGAAGAUAAUGAGUUUUGGAGUACUAAAGACCUCAUAAUAGAAUCAGUUAUAAAAAAGGUUGACUCUCUUUGCAAUGAUUCAGAAAUAAAUCCCAAAACACAAGAAUUUAAAAGUAUAACAUCAGUUAAUGAUAUUAAUCCACCACACGAACAAUUUUUACCAAAUAAUCUAAUUUCAAGAGGUUCUAAUUCAAAUUUAACAGAAAACCAUACUCUUUCAAACUCUGGCGAUAGUAAUGCUUUGGAAGAUUAUGCUGUAGAAAAGAUAACACCAACAAGUAAAAGAGGCGGAAAGGCAAAUAGGGGCAGAAAGACAGAGAAACUAGAGAAGACACAAGCACGUCAAAUUUCCAAGCCUGGUCGUGGCGGUGGUGGCUUGGGUAGAAGAGGUAGAGGUCGAAAUAAUAAGGUUGAGAAAAAAGUGAAGAGCCUAGUCAACAGCAACUUUCAUAAUAUGCCUGGAGAUAUCUAUGAUUUUCAUGAAGAUUCAGGUGACGAAACGUCCUCAACAAACAAAGCAGAAUCGAGGCCUCGAUUAAUUUUAACCAUAAAAAGUCCCCUUUCGGGCAAUGCCGGAGUAAUACCGACGUCGACGUUAAGCAUAGCUCAAAAAGAUCAUAUCAAAGCCCAGGAAAAGCUUAAGGAAGAAAAAAACGAAGUUUUUGCUUCACCCUCCACAAACACCAGAAAAUCGAGACGGUUACAAGAAAAAGAUAUUCAAAAGAGUACAUCUGAUGACAUUGUAGAUGAUGUUAAAGGGCCUACACCAAAUAACAAGAAUGCUCGUGAGCCCAAUAGAAAAAGGCCAACCCGACAAGCUGGAGCGAAACAAAACACGGACAAGGCGCUAUCGGACACGAGAAAGUCACCUCGAGGCACAAAGAGAUCAAGGGACAGCCUUUCUGACACUUCGGUCGAUAGCUCUGAUGAAAACAAAAAAGAAGAAACUGUCAAAGAUGCAAAAAUACCUAAACUUAGUGAGCCUAUUAUCCAACCGUCUGUCCCAGAAGUGGAGACCGUGGUUAAGACUGUACCGCCGCCUCCGAUGCCCUCUCCACCGCAACCUGUAGUAAAUCCGACUCCUAUAAUGAAACCACCGAAGAAAAUGAUCUCGGAGAUAAGUGCUAAAUUGGCGAGUGCAUUUGAAGCAGCCGCAGCGGGUCCACCAUCUACAGCCAUAUCUGCUCCAACUGCUGCACCGGUACCGACACCGGCGACUGCUCCUGUCGCUUCCGGCGGUCUAGAUCAACGCAUCGUUCCAAUGCCCGUUGAACGGCGGCCGGUGGAAAUUGACCGACCCAUAUUGGCUCACCGCGAACCGAGACCAGCUGAGGUAGUUGCAACCCAAGAACCUGUAACAAUCUCGCUUGGAGAGUCCUCGGACAUGACGAACGUUGAAACGGGACACAUCCGACGUUUGGUCGACAACGUGCCGUCAAAUAUGAUGCCUGUAGGUGCGACUGAGGCAACGGACGCUCGUGUGCAAUCGCCUGCCCUGCCCCACAGACCACCUUCAACUCACCGACCUGCCGACCGUGCCACGCCAAUUCUUAUUAGAAGCGGUGGCGACGGAAUUGAGGGUGCUGGAGUGGCAGGCGUGGCAGGUGCGGCUGGUGCCGCAGGCGUCGGAGCGGGUCCAGGAGCCCUAGCUGCCCGUGGAUACCGUGGCGCAUACCCAGGGCCUGCUAGUCUACCACGAGGCGCUCAUCAUCCACCGCCGCCAACAACAAAACAAGUGGCUAUCGUCGGACCGCAUCACCAUCAUCCUGUGUCUCGGGUCACCAUUACCAACGUUCCAGCAGUGAGCCCUCAAGGACAAGUAAAUAUGAGCGACGGAAUGUACCCUCACUUCUCACAACACCACUACCAAAUGUACCAGCAACAUUUCCGCGCGACUCAACAGGACAUUCGGGCUAGUGCCUCACCGUUUCCGAGGUGUGGUGGCGGUCUCGAAGCGGAAGGUAGCGAAGCGCCUACACCUCCACUCGAAUUGCGACGUCCACCAUCGGCGCGUGUGCCCCGACCGGCGCACUCGCCGUCGCCAGCAGACCGGCACAUUCUGUACGCAGUGCGCUGUGGUCGGUCGCCGCCGCCUGCGCACGGUAGCGGUCGCCCGCCCUCCGCGCUCCCACCACUCGCCGCGCCCGGUCCACCGCAUGCCAGCCAGGUUCCGCGCGAGGCAGACUCCCUUCAGAUGUUACUAAGGCGUUAUCCCGUAAUGUGGCAAGGUUUACUUGCAUUGAAGAACGACUCUGCAGCAGUUCAAAUGCACUUUGUAGGAGGCAGUGCGGGCGUCGCAGCCGAUGCACUUUCCCGUAGUGCGGAUGGAGCUGCUACCUCCCUCCUACGAAUCGCGCAAAGAAUGCGCCUUGAACCAGCUCAGUUGGAUCAAGUACACCGCAAAAUGAAGCUGGAAAACGAGCACUGCAUGCUGUUGGCGUUGCCGUGCGGUCGAGACCACAUGGAUGUGUUGCAACAAUCCACCAAUCUUUCAGCUGGUUUCAUCACCUAUCUGCAGCGAAAACAAGCCGCCGGCAUUGUCAAUGUUGCUCCUUCGCCUAGGCAUCAGCAGUCUAUGUAUACCGUGCACAUAUUUCCAUCGUGCGAGUUCGCUAACGAGAACCUGAACCGAAUCGCACCCGAUCUGAUGCACCGCGUGGCCAACAUCGCGCAUCUACUCAUCGUUAUCGCGACGGCCAUCGGUUGA